GGGAGCUUCGCCGGCGGCGGACGUUUAGGCCACAGGCCGAUCUCUCGGAGUUUCACGCGGGUAGUUCUGGUGGUUCCCGGCUCGUCCCGCCGCCGGUCUAAAGACUGGAAGCUGGCGAACCGAGAUCCUUCGGUAAAACCACGGCGGGUCGACACUCUGCUGCGCCGAAGUCCUGCUCCCGAAUCCAGCCUGUUUUCGCAUUCACCUGCCGACAGGGGACGUGGGCUGGGUGGGGGUGUGGGGGUGGGGGGGUCCUCUCCGCUCAGCCUGAAUCCCAGUUCAACACCUGGACGUACCUGCAGGAUUCACGAGGUCACAGCCCGUGCGAAACUUCCACCCCGUGAUGUGGAAACCAGCGGAAAUGGCCCUGGUCCCAACCAGCGGGUGUGGACCUCCCAGUGCGCCAGGAGACAUCUUGUGUCCGGCAACAUGGCCAGGCGGUACGAGCACAGCAACAACAGCUCCCAGAUGAGAGAAGUCCUCCAGCAAGGCCAGAUCUCUGAAGGGGGCCACAGGGAGAGAGAUCACAGCAGCAAAGACCGCUCGAGUCAGGCCAGCUGCUGCUCCUCCUCCUCCUCGCCCUCCUCCUCCUCCUCCUCCUCUGCACAGGGGGGUGCAGGGGACAGGAGAGCUGGACCAGGAGGGAGGGGUGGGCAGAGGGCGCAGGGCACUUCAUCAUGCAGUCGGUCGGUUCAACUGAACUUCAGCAGGACGCACACCGUCCUCAUAGAUGUGUCUGUUUUCAACCUUGCGGUGGGAAUUAUACCCCAGGAAGGGAGAGACAUGUGGAACAGUAACUUUGUGAAGAUGCCGUGUUCACCGUCGAGUGUCAUGACCACCAAGGUCGGACUCAUGAAGCAAAACACCCAGGUGUGUAGGUGGGACGUGAUCUCCAAGCAGCUGAAAGCUCUGGCCAGUAAGAAAGAAGUGAGCGUCGACGAGGUGGAGAAAGCCGUCAUCAAAUAUAACCCGAAGUACAAGGGGCAGUGGACGUUCGACGCCCUCUCCGCCUUCGUUAAGUGUAUCCCGAAAGAAGAAAACUACUUCCCCACACUGUUUCCAAAGAUCGCUGCGCUGGCUCUGAGGCUCCCUGAGCAAAUGAAGAAGGCCAUCCCGCUGCUUCAGACGGGACACACUGCGGCCAUCACUCUGUCGCAGGUUCAGAUAUCCUGCCUGCUCGCUAACGCGUUCUUCUGCACCUUCCCUCAUCGCAACACGUCGGCGCCCAACACAGAGUACCACGGCUACCCCACCAUUAACUUCAGCAGUCUGUUUGGAAACUGGUCAAAACGGAAGAAAGAAAAGCUGAGGGCCAUCAUGCAUUAUUUUAAUGUGGUUACAGAUGAGAAAGAUAAACCAAAAGGACUGGUGACGUUUGAGAGGCGUUGCUUGAGAGACGAGGACAUGCCCCACUGGAGAAGCUGUAAGGACAAGAUGGCUAAACUGCGUGUGGCGUUACAUGGCAGCAUCGAGACUGACGGUAAAGGGAUGCUACAGGUGGACUUUGCUUCCAGCUGGAUAGGCGGAGGUGUGCUGGGCUCCGGCCUGGUGCAGGAAGAGAUCCUGUUCCUUAUAAAUCCCGAGCUGAUUGUCUCCCGCCUCUUCACCGAGAGACUGGCGGACAACGAGUGUCUGAUCAUUACAGGUUCUCAGCAGUUCAGCAGUUACUCUGGUUUUGGCGACAGCUUCGAGUGGGCGGGCCCUUAUGAAGACUACCUUGAAAGGGAUGAUUGGGCUCGGCUGAGGAGGCAGAUCUUAGCCAUCGACGCUCUGAACUUCAAACACGUACGAGAGCAGUACAGUAUGGUCAAGGUCACACGGGAACUGAACAAGGCCUUUUGUGGAUUUAAGGGACACGGGCACAACGAGCCGGACAUCGCCACGGGGAAGUGGGGCUGUGGAGCCUUCAACGGAGACCCACAACUCAAAGCUUUGAUCCAGCUGAUGGCGGCAGCCAGGGCCAGGAGAGCUCUGGCCUACUUCACCUUCGGAGACAGGAAACUGGAGCGCGAGCUGCAGCAGAUCUACCAGCUGCUGGUCGACGAAGGGAUCACAGUCGAGCAACUGUUCAGACAUCUGGAGGACUACUGUGCUGUUCAGCAGGCACACGGUUUUACACAUGUGGAUCUGUUUGAGUUCAUCACAAACACCGUCAGACCUUCCAGGAGUCAGCUGUGAGGACGGAUUCGUGUCCACACCUGCAUCGGAAUUUGCACUAAAAUGUAGAAGGAACGUUUUUGUCGCAGAUAUGAAGAAACUUCUUAAUCAUCUGUUUUCCUUUUUUUUCCUGAAGAUUAUUGUUAUAAAGUGUUUUUGAUUAUUUUCUUCAUUUGAUUGUUGAAAGUGCAGCGUGGGGGGGGGUUAUGACCUGUAACAAAGGGAGCUGGAAUCAACCGGUUAAGUGCUUUUGGUCUGUGCUUUGAGACUUUGAGAGAAUUAGCAAUGCGGUGUAAACUGUUAUUAAUGAACUAAACCUACUUAAAAUUACACGAGACCAAGAGCCGUGUUCACAAAACAUCUUAUGGCUAAAAGUAGCUCAGUCUUAACUUUAAGACUCUUAAGAUUGCGUUCAAAGAGUGAUUCACAAACAUUUAAGGGCUUGAAGUAAGUUUGUGAGAAAGUCCAGGAGACUCCUGAGUCAGAGCCAGUCUGCCCCAGCAGGUACUUCGCCUCGUCGCGCCCACGUGUUUGGAAAAAUACAGCGAUAGACAACUUUUAAAACCCUUAUUCUGACGACGGCAAGUUAAUAAAGAUGCCGUUGGCUCACCAACAAAACAAAGCCAAGCUAAUAAAACCAGAGAUGAUGGUUUGUCGGCCACUGUGACUCCCCAGACCAGACCCCCCCAGUUUCAGCAGGCCAUUAAGUUAAUAAAUGAAUCAACCAACUGCAUUAAAUACAAAGAUAAAGGUGAUUUCGUGUCAAACUCUGGAUUGUCCAGUUAAACCAGUUUGAAAUGACCACAUCAAAGUCUGAUUUGUCAGCUGGAAAAAAAAAUCACUUAUUGGUAUUUGAUGCUCGAUGAAAUAGAUAAACUUAACACUUCACUCUGUUUCCUGUAUGAAAUACACAACUAUGACAUCUAAAAUAUUUUUAGUAAAAUCUCGCCGUCUAUCUGGAGACAGAGAUGCAGACUAAACUGCUCUGUUAUUAGCGCCUUAAAGCUACUUAAAAUGAGGUUUCGGACAUUUUGGUGGACCGGCGGGAUCUUAUCUCACCAGUCGGAGUCGUCCUACAUUCUCACGAAGCUGCUGAAGAGACACUCGAAGUGCUGAAGAACAUCAGUGCGCAGGGGCCAACAGAUGAGGGCCUUUGCCAAGCAUUAACAAACUGGGGCCUGAGCAGGAAGUUUUCGGCUUGAUGGAUAUUCACGACAGAGAGCGGCGCUGUUGCAAGUUCAUCAGUGCCGCGGACUGUGUUUUUUCCACCGUCUUUGUUUGUUGGUGAGCGAAAUGGAUCUUUAUGAACCCCCCUGCCGUCAAAAAUAAGCUUCUAAAAGUUCAUCAUUCUCGAUGGAAGACGUUACCUGCCGCACGUCACUGACUGUGAGCAGCUCUCGGUGGCUUGGGAGUCAUGUGAACUUCCUCGAACUUCUCUCUCUCAGACUUGGGACCUAGCUUUAAUGUAAAAAUGCUUUGUGAUUCGCUCUCAGACCAAAGGCUUAGGAUUCUCGAAGUUAGGACUGACCCUGAGUUUCCAACUCAGCCACUUCGGAGCCGUUUUUAGCCUUAUAGGACGUCUAGAAAAUAUGGCCCCUGAAACCUAAUGAUGGAUAAAAACGGCAUUUCCAGCUUCACCGUCUUUCGCUGCCUUGGCUUUGAAUGACGCUCGGUUCUAGCAGUGUCUAACCUGAGAGGCGGAUCUCGGGGCUCGACUCGCUGGCGCUCGUGAAGCUCCCCUCUCCCCGGCCGUCUGGAUCGUUGCGACGGGACGGUAAAAUGACCCCGCUCAAGAGAUUUUAGUGAUGAACUCAAACUGAAACUGAAACCAAAACGGGAUCUGUGGCGGUCUGAAACCAGCUGAGACACGAGUUGCACCACGGUGCUGGUUUACGGAGACUGAAAGCCUGCUCUGCUGCAUUGAUAAGAACUUUCUAAUAAUACGAGGUUUUCCUCAAAUAGAUGACUGAAAAAUAAAAAAUAAAAACCCCAACCGGCAGCAGUGUUCAACAGAAAGUAUAAUCUUUAUUUGU